UUCUUCUAAAACUCCCACGCAUCUUCAACAACACUUUUCAAAUGGAGGUAUAUCCAUUUCUUAUGUUCUUCUCCAGUACCUUAUUCGUUUUCUUAUCAUCCUCUGCUGCAAUAGAUACAAUAACUCCAAAUCAACCAAUCAAAGAUGGCAACACCCUCGUUUCAGAAGAUGAGACGUACGAACUUGGUUUUUUCAGCCCUGGAAAGUCCCAGAAUCGAUACUUGGGGAUAUGGUACAAGCAUGUCUCAACUUUUACCACUGUGUGGGUUGCUAACAGGGACACACCAAUCAACGACACAUCUGGGAAGUUUCAACUCAGUAACGAAGGAAAGCUUCUAAUUCUCAGUGGUAACAAUACCCUAAUCUGGUCAUCCAAAUCCUCGGCAUCGAUCAGGAAUGUUAAUCUUCCGGUGGCACAGCUUCUGGACAGCGGAAAUCUUGUCGUGUGGGAUGAAACGAACACCAAAGAAGCUCCGAUCUGGCAAAGUUUUGACUACCCCGGAGACACGUUGCUACCAGGACAGAAGUUAGGGAAGGAUUUGCUAACAGGAAUUCAGAAGAACUUAACAUCGUGGAAGAGCCCUGAUGAUCCUUCUAUAGGUCGAUAUAAAGUCUUUCUAAACACAAAUGGGUAUCCACAGACAUUUGAGGUAGAAGGUGAAGUUCCACACUCAAGGUUUGGACCAUGGAAUGGUGAAGGGUUUAGUGGGCUUCCUCGAGAAAACACCAAUCCCAUUUUUUCCGUAGAGUUUGUUGUCAACGAAAAGGAAAUAUCAUAUUCAUAUAAACUUAAAAGUCCAGUUCUUCAGAGGAUAAUUCUUACAUGGGACGGAAGCCAUCUUCAAUUCAGUUGGAUCAAUCGAACCCAAGAAUGGGUUUUAUAUGGAAAUGUCGUUGUUGAUAACUGUAGUCAAUAUGGACGAUGUGGUCCUUAUGGAAGGUGUAGUACGAAAACAUAUCCUCCAUGCAAUUGUAUGGAAGGCUUUGAGCCAAAAGUCGUAGAAGAAUGGAAUUCAGGAGAUUGGUCAAGUGGGUGUCAACGUAGAAAGGCUUUUGAUUGUGGGAGUACUCAGGACGAUGGGUUUCAGAAAAUUUCAGGAGUGAAAUUUCCAGACACACAACAUUCAUGGUUCAACGUGAGCAUGUCUCUUAGAGAAUGCGAGAUGGCCUGUAGAAGGAAUUGUUCUUGUAGAGCUUAUGCAAAUUUAGAUAUUAGAGAAGGGGGAAGUGGAUGUUUGCUAUGGUUGGAUGAACUCAUGGACAUAAGAGAGUAUGAUGACAAUCAAGAUCUUCACAUAAGAAUGGCCACAUCUGAGUUACCAGGCAAAUCCAGCUUCAAAAGGAAGAAGCUAAUAAUCGUGGUGGUGCUGUCAGUUUCAUCAGUUGCACUACUUUUGUCUGUAGUAGCAUAUGCAUGUAGAAAUAAAAAGAAAGCACGAGGUUGCUGGACAAAUACCCUUAACAGGGAUGAUCAGGUGGAAAACCUUGAUGAGCUACCUUUUUUUAGCCUUCAUAAAAUAGUUAAGGCUACCGCUAACUUCCACAUUGAUAAUAAGAUAGGAGAAGGUGGCUUUGGUCCUGUUUACAAGGGUGUGUUAAAAACCGGAGAAGUAAUAGCUGUAAAGCGACUUUCAGAAACUUCUCAACAGGGACCUGAUGAAUUCAAGAAUGAAGUCAUGUGUAUUGCCAAACUUCAGCAUCGAAAUCUUGUGAAGCUCCUUGGAUAUUGCAUUGAUGGAAAUGAAAAGAUUUUGAUUUAUGAAUACAUGGAUAAUAAAAGCUUGGACUCAUUUCUAUUUGAUGAAACCAAAAGUUCAAUGCUUGACUGGGGACAGAGGUUUCAUAUUAUCCAUGGUAUCGCUAAAGGUAUUCUUUAUCUACAUCAAGAUUCACGCCUCCAAAUUAUCCAUAGAGAUCUCAAGGCAUCUAAUAUCUUGUUGGACAGCGAAAUGAACCCAAAAAUAUCUGACUUUGGCCUUGCUCGAAAGUUUGUCGGACUGGAUGCCAUGGCUAAGACAAGGAACGUUGUGGGAACAUAUGGAUACAUUUCUCCUGAGUAUGCUGUACAUGGGCAUAUCUCAGUGAAGUCGGAUGUAUUUAGCUUUGGUGUUGUUGUGUUGGAGAUUGUGAGUGGGAGGAAAAACAGAGGAUUCUCUCAUGAAGGUCAUAGCGACAACCUUCUUGGACAUGCAUGGAGACUCUACAAAGAAGACAAGUCGAUUGAACUUAUAAAUGCAUCCUUACACAACUCGUGUGUGGUCUCCCAAGUGUUACGAUCAAUACACGUUGGAUUAUUGUGUGUGCAACAACAUGCAGAAGAUAGGCCAACUAUGUCAUUAGUGGUUUCAAUGCUUGUUAGUGAAGUUAUGUUGCCUCCACCUAAACAACCAGCUUUUUUCACGGAAGAAAGUUGUCGUGAAUUAGAAUUUGGUUUAUCAUCAAAUGAAUACAUGAUAACACUAUUGUAUGCUAGAUAG